AUGCCUCCAAAUGAAGACAAACGUUGGCUUAGCUUCUCUCGCAAGCAGGAGGAAGAGCGCAAUACCUUCCAUGCUAGGGUGAAGGAGGCAGAGAAACUCUUUUCGGUGAGACAACAGAAGGAAGAACAAACGUUUUGGAAAGAUGUCAGGAAGAGCGGUGCAACCGCAGCUAAUGACAAGAGGGACGUCACCAGUAAAAGUGUAACAGGCGGACAGACGGCAGCUCCAGUUAACACUGCAACAACGGUACCAGGAAACAAUAGAUCCCCAGCAAAACCAAACUCUACAGCAGACAAGCCACCACUGCGGAAGACACCCAAGACCGCAGCGCCGGCGAUCGUUGACCUCUGCUCCGAUGAGGAGAAAGAUAGCAAUCCAAAGUCGGUAGCUGAGUCUUGCGUAAACAACACAGUCCCAAAGAAGAGAUCAGCUAUCAGAAUUCCUACCGCGACGCCGGAGUUGUCCAAUGUGAAAUCAACGAAGAUAAUUAAAAAGAAAACCUACAGUUUGCAAGAGCAUCAUCAUGGUACACCAACGCCUACACCAUCCUCUGUCCCUUCUGCACAGGGGUUUGGAGAUGCUUUUGGAGCUUAUCCUGGAACCUCGUCCCUUGAGGAUUCCAGAAGAGAGCCGGAUUUACCGGUACCCAGACCUCGAACAAAGGACAAACAGCCUACUGGGUAUAUUUCAACGGCGGGUAUCUCCAACACAUCUGUUGCGCCUCGGCGACAGCAGAAGCCAUCGUACGUGGCAUUGGCGUCUACAGGUCAUACGAAGCAGUCGCGAAUCAACCCAGCAGCAUGCUCUGACGAACUAGCAACUCCAUCGCCAUCCCUUCACUCACCGGCCAUUCUCACUACACCGCCAACACGAAACCGUUCAAAGCCUUCCUAUUCAGCCAGUUUCCGGAAAGGCAACGGACAUGGCCUUGGGAAAUUCUCCUCCUCAGAGACCCUAGCAUCUUCGCCAACUACGAAAAGUCCCUAUUGUUCGCCCUGUGCGCGCUCAAAAAGAAAGAUACUCCACAAUCUUUCCAGCAGUAGCGAUGAAGACGAGAUGUAUGAGCCUUCCGCCAACGAAGAAGACGAUGAAGAACAACAUCUUGGCCAUCACCUUAUCUCACCAAGGCCAAUCAAAUCACCGACCAAGCCUCCUACCAAGCCCACGGCUAAAAAACCUCGAGUCUUGAACCCAUCGAUAUGCACAUUUGCACCCGCGAGACUUGACAAAUCAAGUAAGAAGCCGGCCAAAAACCCCAUUGUCUUCAAAAGCUCAGCGUCAGAAACCCCUCAAACCCUUCCGGCAACCACAGCAGCAGCAGCAGCACGGUCGAGACCUACUCCUCUUCAAAAAACCAAUACUGCACAAAAUAAAGCCAUGAUUAGUCCUCCUUUGUCAGGAUCUCCCUACCCAUCACCGCACAUACAUACCCAGUCUCGCCGUGCAAAAGUCAUGGCACGGAGGCGCAAUCAAGAGUUUCUGAGGCAGCUCUUCGAGCGUCCGAUUUCGUCGUCUGAGACUGCUGAACAGGAGGAUGAGUUUACUUGCCGGGAUGCAGAUUCUGACGAUGGUCUUGAUUUUGUUGGUCGAGAACGCGGAGAAGGAGAAGAAGAAAACGUCCCAUUGCGUAAACGUCGGCUAAGCAUCACGCCCAGGCCUACACCCACGCCUGCACCCUCUGUCAUUUCCGCAGCAGAUAGCACGUCUGCACGGGCUAGCUUGCGGGGGUCAAAUCGCAGUAGACAGAGGGCGAUAGCGGACUGGAUGGAUUGGACGCGCGCGCGUCUGGGUGGGGAUAGAGAGGUGCGGAAGCGGGUGGGGAGGGGAGGGGAAGAGGGGAGUGAGUACCUACGAUGGGUAUGA